UCUAGGUGUCUAGCAACAGCUUUCAGCCCAGACAGCCAGCGGCAACGGGAGUGGUGGAUUUUCGGCGUGCCUUUCCACAGUUAUUCGCAGCCGGAUAUUUAUUUUUAAUAGUUGAUAGUCGCCCAGCUGCAUACGGUAAAAAAAAAACCCUGACCCCUGUUAUAUGAGAUAUGAGCGGCAGCGGGCGGCCCAGGACCAGCUCGUUUGCUGAGUCGCCAGGUGUCCCAGGAGCCGUCGCAGCGUCCGCCGGAUCAGCCGCUGCCGUGGGGAGCAGCACAGGAAAGUCCGGGGUCCCGCAGGCCUCCGGGAGCAGCUCGUCGGGAUGCUCGAACCUCAAGCUAGCCAGAGAUAGUGGAAAAGUGACAACUGUCGUGGCCACACCAGGUCAGGGACCAGACCGCCCACAGGAAGUCUCCUACACCGACAUAAAGGUCAUUGGGAAUGGCUCGUUUGGGGUGGUGUACCAGGCUCGGCUCAUCGACAGCCAAGAGAUGGUGGCGAUUAAGAAAGUCCUGCAGGACAAGCGGUUCAAGAAUCGGGAGCUACAGAUCAUGAGAAAACUUGACCACUGCAACAUUGUGCGUCUACGUUAUUUCUUUUACUCCAGCGGCGAGAAGAAAGACGAGGUUUACCUCAACCUGGUGCUGGACUUUGUCCCUGAGACGGUCUACAGGGUUGCCAGGCAUUUUAACAAAGCUAAGAGCAUCAUUCCUAUCAUAUAUGUGAAGGUGUACAUGUACCAGCUGUUUCGCAGUCUGGCUUAUAUCCACUCCCAGGGUGUGUGUCAUAGAGACAUCAAGCCUCAGAACCUUCUCGUUGACCCAGAGACGGCCGUUCUGAAGCUGUGCGACUUUGGCAGCGCCAAGCAGCUGGUCCGGGGGGAGCCCAACGUGUCUUACAUCUGCUCUCGGUACUACCGGGCCCCCGAGCUCAUUUUCGGUGCCACAGACUACACGGCAAACAUCGACAUCUGGUCGGCUGGAUGCGUUCUGGCGGAGCUGCUGCUCGGCCAGCCCAUUUUCCCCGGUGACAGCGGGGUGGACCAGCUAGUCGAGAUUAUCAAGGUGUUGGGCACACCGACAAGGGAGCAGAUUCGAGAGAUGAAUCCAAACUACACAGAGUUCAAGUUCCCACAGAUCAAAGCUCAUCCUUGGACCAAGGUGUUUAAACCUCGCACCCCCCCUGAGGCCAUUGCUCUGUGCUCUCGGCUGCUGGAGUACACGCCGGCCUCGCGCCUCUCUCCUUUAGAGGCCUGUUCACAUGCCUUCUUUGACGAGCUUCGCCAGCCCAACACAAGGCUGCCCAGCGGGAGAGAGCUCCCUUUACUCUUUAACUUCAGCACCACAGAGCUGUCAAUCCAGCCUCAGCUGAACUCAAUCCUCAUCCCUCCCCACGCUCGUUCACACACAGCUGCUUCCGUCCACGAUGGUACCGGUUCAGAUUCCUCUCUGCACAGUUCAGUACCAGGAUCUCUAAACAGCAUCUGAAGCAGCUUCUUUCCUUCCUGCCUGCAAGCGUCACCCUUUCCUCACACACUCUCACACACACACACACACUGUUCAUGGUCUGUUUCUGUACAGUAGCUCGUUGGGCAAGCGGCUCGUCCUUUAGCUUCAGCAGGAGAUCCAUUCGGCGCCGGGUGGGCUCAGAUGGUCCGAUAGUGGGGGCUGGUCCUCUCAAUCCGAUUUUUUAAAAAUCACUAUUUUGUGUUUAUUUAUUUGACUAUUUGAAUCAUGUGCUCACAACGUUUUUCAUCUCUGGACUAUUUUUUUUUUCCUGCUGUGUUUUUAAAUUAUUUGCCGUUUUUAAAUCUCGAUCCGUAAGAGGUGGAGUCCAGGCUGAACCAGAUUCUUGGUGUGGUGGCCCGCGGAUUAAACCUGGUGGUUCCUGUCUUUGCUUAGGUUCUUGGAUGGGAAUAACAGUCCAGUAGAGCUAUCGGGUAGAAGAAGAACUGCAUCUUUAACUUUCAAGAACUUCUCCCUGUUCCAAACCUGUUUCGAGCCCCUUUCUCAGCUUUAUUUGUUUAGUUUUUUUUUGUUUUGUUUUUUGCUGUAAUUCACUCACACCAAUGAGACAAAAGCACCAAACAUCCAGAGGAGCCCUGGUUUCCUGCCUCUGAAUAGAAAAAGGAUCUGUUUUGUGUCUUAACAAAGUGGUUGGAGCUUGCAGAUGAUGGGACCAGAGUUUGCUCUCAUGCUGCGUAUUUGCAUUUUUAUGGAAGAAAAACUCAAUGUUUUUCAUCUUUACAACAGAAAAAAAGUUAAUUCGCUCUGCUUAAGUUAAGAAUUAGAUCAUGAGGUAGUAAUUCUGUGCUUUAUCUGCCCAAAAGAUGAACCGAAAAAUGUUUUUCUGCUGCUGUCUGUUGGUAGAAUCCAGCUGAUUCUGACUGAUGAGAAGUUUGUAAAGUUUGUUUGAAAAAAAUGGCAGAAAUAAUUACCUGACACCUUUAAAGCUCCUUUCCCACCAUUGGAUGAAUGCUGUUUUUCUUUGUUUUUACCCCAGGUUUAUUUGAACAUUUUUAACUUUGUUACAAUGUUUAGAUUAAAUAUCUACAAAAUAGGAUUAAAUGUCUCAACAAUAUUAAUUUCAUACCUCUACUAUUGGGAUUUUUUGGCAGUGUCAAAAGGUUUAUCUGAAGAAUCGGUUCGGAUUUUGUCCUAAAAGUGUGAAAGAGUUGGACCUUUUUCUCUAAAAAUGUAUGUAAUCUAGUAUAAAAAUUGAGACCUAAAAUCUCUACUUUCAGUCAACGCGUCUCACAAUUGAGGCUCAGAACCUGCUAAUUCUGAUUUUAUAUCCCAUAAAGUUUAAACUUUUAGACAAAUUUAGAACUUAAUAUCUCCAAAUUCAGACCAAAUUGCUCCAAAUCUAGGGUGAAUGUCCCAUAAUUCUAAUGUUUUAUUUGGAAUUUUUAACCUUUGUAUGACAUCUAAGCCACAUUUAAGACUAAAUAUCUAACAUUCAGAUUAAUUCAAUGGAAAUUGGAGAACAAACACUCUGAAGUUGGUGUUUAAUGUAGCAGAUUAACUAAAGAUCAUUCAGAAAACAGGCAUUUAUCUCAUAAUUAAAAAAGCUUUUGAAUUACUCAUAAUGCACCUUUAGGCAAGCAGAUUUAAACAGAGGAACGCUAAUCUCAGUUUAUUAUCAGCCAAUGGGAAAAUAAGACAAAUUAUGCUUUUAAUGAAGGCAUCUGUGGGUUUUUAUCUCCACCAAAGAGGUUUCAGUUCUGGUUCUGAGAAAAGCAGUUUUUCUGUGUUCCCGCCAAAAAAAUCAACCCCUAAACAACAGGAUGGAGCCUUGUAUCAUCAGUUGCUGUUUAGAAAUAAACCCAAACAGCUGAUGUUUGAACAUCGGUUUGCACGACCAACCAAACGGGGCCCUGA